AUGCAGCCUCAGUAUGAACAGUACGUUGCACCGCCUGUGGUGCCACCGCCCAUGCCGCACCGUUCCUCAUCUGGGGCUUGGUCCCCGCAAGACGAUCAAAACCUCCUCACAGCCAGACAGCAGGGCCUCAAUUGGGCUCUCAUUCGAACCACCUAUUUCCCCAACAAGACGCCUAAUGCUUGCCGAAAGCGACAUGAGCGCUUGAUGGAACGCAAGGGGGCCGAUGACUGGGAUGUACGAAAGUUUGAGAAGAUCGCCAAGGAGUACAUGAGCAUGCGCAAGGAGCUCUGGCAGCCGUUGGCAGCCAAGUGUGGAGAGAAGUGGACCGUGGUUGAACAGAGGUGCAUGAGCAGUGGAAUCAAGAACGUUCAGAAUGCCGCCCGUGCGGGUAAUCGGCGGGAGCGGGCCGAGUCUGGCCAACCAUUCCAUGGGUAUGACGACGACAGCGGCAUCUCGGGCAUUGGUCUGACUCCAGUAGAUGACCUCGAUGCCUCCUACAGCAGUCCCGAGACUGCCUCUUCUAGUUCGCACUCUGCGAGUAACUCAUUCCACAACGGCUACCAUAUGCACUUGAAUCAGCAAGCAUAUAGCCAUCACGGCUACCCGGCCAGCAACGGCGGCAUGUCAUCCUCCGACUACGGCUCAUCCGUCUCUUCUACGGCAGCUCAUGGGUAUGGCACUAUUCCUAGCCACUCUCAUCAUCAUUCACAAGGAAACUCUCCCUAUAUGGGCCAGAGACUGCCAAGUGUCGACAUGGGCAUCGAGUCCAUAAUUAAUCGACCACAACACGGCAACAUGUAA